UGGCCUUGGUCUGGGAGUCGUGGUUCUGCUGAAGCUGAACUGGAAACAAAGGGUCGUAAGGUAACGGAAGAGUUAGUUUAAUGAUUGGUAGAGAAGAAUUUAUGUGUCAGAUUUAGAAUGAGUUCUGAUGAUGAAGCGAGAAGUAUUGCAUCUCAGGGUGGUCUGUCUGCUUACGAAUUAAGUCCUGAAAAGAAAUGUACUGAAAGCAAAAGCGUAGUAAAUUCUGAAAAGAAUACUGAUGCGAGUUCCGUGGAUCGAUAUAUGCCAUGGCCACUUUCGGAUUACGAAAAAGAUGCCCGAGUACCCGGUAAAAAGCAUAAUACUAGAUAUCUGAUCGAACUGAUUUUAGAAGGAGGUCUUAAAUUAAAUUGCAUAUCACCAGUAAUCAGUAAGGCAAUGCUUUUUGCACAUCACUUGCAGAAGUCAGAUGAGGCCAUGAAAUAUGAUCCAGCUAUGCUUGCUGCUGCUACUCUCACAUUGAGCUGUGCAGCCUAUGAUGAAACCUUGAAUAAAACAAUAGUGGUACUUACAUUUCACCAUAUGAUUAAAAAAGAAUAUCUGCGGAACUUAAGGAGUGAAGCUAAAAUCACCCUCGAGAAGUAUUUGAAGUUAGCUGAACUUUUCGUGUUCAAAGUGCUGGGUGGCAUUACAUGUCAUGAGAUGGCACAUGAGUAUGGUUUGUUCUAUGCUCAAAAUCUUCAAACUUUAACUGAAGUAAAUGAAGUGUGGAAACCUUUUAUUACGAAUGUGUGGAAAAUAUUGUCAGACUUCUAUACAUCAGAGCUAUGUCUUAACUAUAAAGCCUGUGAUAUUGCCAUUGUUGCUAUUAAUGUGGCUCUUUUGCUAUGCAAAGUGAAGUCAAGCUUACCACCUAAUUGGUAUCAGGAAUUCUCUCCUGAUUUAACAGUAGAAACAAAAAAUCAAUUAUUGCAUGAUAUUUUUACAGUUUGUGGUCUCAACUGAAAUCAUGAUGUUGUCAAGUCUGAUAAAAUUGUGAAACACUGCCCGAUGAUAUUGGUGCUUAGUCGGGACUUUUUCCUGGUAUUUUCUCUUAUGGCUAUUGCAGCUAUGGCUGAUAGUUUUUUGUCACUAUAUAAAUUACUGUGUUAACUCCAUAUAAUGUUUCGUGUUUGUAAUGUUUUGAAGUAAUAAAAUUUUUGAAUGAUUGUAUC